UUAUAUGCUCCGAUUGUGGGUUGUGUCUGGAUGUGAAGAAAUUGUGUUGUGAUAAGAAUACAAGAAGUAUAGAGAGUGUCCUCGAGUUUCUCAAAGCAGUCAUGGCGGCGUCAGUACUAGCUGGGACACGUAGUAAAGGCGAUGACAUGUUAGAAACAGCAGAGGAUCUACUCGAAAGUUUUGAACAGGCUUCAGAUCUGCUUUCUGAAAUAGAAGAAAAUUACAUUAAUGAUUCUGAAGGUGGGGAGGACGACAAGAAAAAGCAGACAUUCCAACAAUUCCGCGAAGGCCUAGAUACAGCAAGGACACUCUUCAGCACACUGAAACGGGAAAAAUGGCGUCUGAGCAAAAGAGAAAUGAGUGUUGAAUUAAGAAUGGGUGAAUUAGAAGACUACAAAUCACAUUUAAAGAAGGAUAUGUCCAGUCUAAAUGAAACAGUAGACAUUCUGAGUGUAAGGAUUAUUCAACUGGAAAAUUCAUUAGCUGAGUGUCAAGAUACUAUAGAAAGACUUGAAGCAGACGUCAAUUAUUAUAAGGAACAGUUGACGAAUAGUCAGAAACACGCUAAAAACGUUGCUAAAUCAAACGAGAAACUCAAUUCCGAACUACAAAAUCUAAAAGCAACGCAGAGUAUCGAACUUUUGGGCAAGAAGCUCAAGUCCCUGGAGAUGGCGAACAGUAUUCUUCAAGAAGAGAACGGCAACCUGAAAACUAUCAUCAGAACUCAAGAGUCAAAUAUGGCCAAUUAAAAUUUUGAUUAUUGGCUAACCAAGGACAUUGUAUAAAGUGUUAAAAAAAUGUUACGGGCAAGGGAUGUACGUACAUAUUCGUAAAUAAACUGUGGGGUUUUAUCUUCAAUCGACCAGUAUAUCCCACGGUUACAUUUUUAACGAGUAAUCUAUGAUAUAUUUGUGAGUUCGACCAAUCAGCCGACUGGACUUUGUCAACAAUAAAGAUUAAAGUUUAUGAUGAAAUAAUUUGCCAAAUUUGAGUUUACAUCAAAUAUUUUGAUUGCUUUUAAUUUAACUAAAUUGUCGUUGUAAUUUAUAUUUUUCCUGUUGAGAAUCUGAAAAUAUAUUAUUUCUUUAUAUCC